AUGCCUCCACCAAAGGCAGCAAAGGGCGAAUACAUUGAGACCGACACAGGAAACAAGAUCUCCCGAAGGUCCCAAAUUCAUGGCACGCAACACAUCAUCCUGGGUGGCAAAACGGUAAUUCAAGCCGAAGCCGUAAUCCGCGGUGACCUAUUCCGCACCGCAACAGUGCCCACUCCCACCGACCCUUCCGCAGCAGCAUCGAACCCCAGCACGCCCAGCGUGGCAAUCACAGUCGGACGAUACAGUUACAUCUCGAAGAGCGCGAUCUUACGUCCGCCAAGUCGGUUGCACCGUGGCGUGCACUCGUUCUACCCGCUCAAGAUCGGUGAUCAUGUUUUUGUCGGCGAGGGCGCUGUUGUUGAGGCAGCGUCGCUGGGAAAUCAUGUUCAUGUUGGGAAGGGAGCUGCUGUAGGCAGUAUGGCUAUUAUCAAGGACUAUGCUUAUGUGCUUGAUGGUGCGGUUGUCCCGCCUGGUAUGGUUGUGCCAAGUUGGUGUAUUGUUGGUGGGAGGCCGGCGAGGAUUGUUGGUGAGGUUGGGGAAGGUUAUGGUGUUGAGGGAGCGGAGGGGGGUAUGGCUAGAGAACGGUAUCGGGUUGUUGGACGGCCUUAA